ACAUUAGACAGCUUAGCUCAUUGAUUAGCAGGUGAUUAAAGUAGCUUUAUUUAGGAAAGGAAAGUUCGAGAGAGAGAGAGAGAGAGAGAGAGAGAGGGCGAGAUGCCUUGGCGUUUGGCUAUGGCUAGGCAGCAGGCUGAGCCCCCCACGGGCGCGGCGGCGCUGCAGAGGUCGAACUCGGACGGCGGCGGCGGGAUGGCGGCGGGGGCGGAUCAGGAGGCUCGGAGCGUGCGGUGCGAGUGCUGCGGGAUGGCGGAGGAGUGCACGCCGAGGUACAUCGGGCGGGUGCGGGAGCGCUUCCACGGGAAGUGGGUGUGCGGGCUGUGCUCGGAGGCCGUCAAGGAGCGGCAGAAGCGGGAGCCGGCGCUCACCGUGGACGGCGCCGUCGACGCGCACGCCGCGCUCUGCGAGCGCUUCAACUCCACCGUCCGCCUCAACCCCAAGCUCUCCCUCGCAAGCUCCAUGCGCGACAUCGCCCGCAAGAGCUGCCAGCACCGCGCCACGGCCACCGGCGCCGACGUCAUCCCCUCCGCCUGCUCCGGCGCCGGCGCCGCCACCAUGGCCCGCUCCACCAGCUGCGCCCUCCCCUACGUCUAACGAUCGGAUUGCCUACGUAUACGUAUACGUGUACGCGUGCCCACGCGAGCGAUCAUGCAUGCACAUCCUUAUACAGGUCCUACGUAGUAGUAUACUUUUACGCAUAUAUCUGUACAUAUGUACGCAUUUAUGCAUGUAUAUAUGUAUAUAUAACAAGUUAUUAUAGAGUAGUAGUAUACAUAUAUAGUGACUGAAAGAUGCUGCUGCAGCCUGCAGGCAUUUGACGUGAUAUUUAUAUAUACGGUCAUACGUGAUCAUCAGUGGUGUACAUGGUGUAUUGGAAUAAUUGGAUUAAGGUGGUGGGCACAUCUAUGUCGAUGUAUAGUUACAAGUUCUUGUGAUGAGCCAAGUUGCGUGGCUAGCUUGUGCUUGCAUGCGGCUCCGUGUACGAUGUAAGCAGUGUCCACCGU